AUGGCUAGUUUGAAUCAGAUAGAAUACAUCGUAGGAAUAGAUUUAGGAACUACCUCCUCAAAGGUCUCGAUAGCCCAUGUAAACGACCCGUUUAAUAUUAUUACUGUUUUAAGCUGGGACGAUUUGAAGGAAUCUUCUAAAUAUUUUCUUUCAUCAGUUCUGUACCUGAAAGAUGAGAACAAUACCCCAUUAUGCGGCAUCGAACACGACGAUGUAAAUGAUAGAGGUGUUUAUGUAGCUAAUAUCACUCAAUAUCUUGUUGAUAUCGAUGCUUCAAAUGAAAAGCUUAGUCAACUAAUGGAUGGUUUAACCGUUAAAAAAGUUAUGAUUGACUAUUUGAAAUAUUUUAUUCCACUUGCCCUCAAAAGGUUACAGGUCCAAGACAAACUUAUCAAAAACGAGCGCUUCCAAGACUUUGUUAACGAAAAUUUCAUUGAUGAAAAUAUUAAAACCGUUUGCUAUUGCCUCGUUUGUCCAACCGAUCGACAAGAAUUUAUGAAAGACUGCUUUAUCGAGGCAGGAAUUAUCGAGGCGUCUGAAGCUGAGCACCGACUUUCAUUUGUCAUCCAAGCUGUUGCUAUAGCUCAUUACCAACUUUCCCGUGACAGAAAAGAGACCGGAAUUGAAAACGAUCAGUAUUAUUUUGUUUUAGACAUAAGCGACAUCUCUAUUGGAAUUGCAAGAAUUCAUGCCGCUUCCACUGAAUUGCUGAGUACUGUUACGGGAAUUUCUGACGAUAUCAGACAAGGCUUACUAAAUCUAGGCAUCAAGUUCAAAGACUAUUUGAUAGAAAAUAUGACAGCGUUAAAAUUAGAUAAUUUACUCAUUGAUCAACUCGUCCGGACCUUUUCCGAAAAAAUGAAGAAGUAUAAAUUUGACAUGUAUACCCCAACACAAACUGUUAUAUCACAUAAUGAUAUUGAUGGAAAUCCCAUUGAGUUUACGUAUGAAGACUUAGACAGAAUUGUCUUAAAACCAUUUAUCGAGAGCAUAGCUGAAUUUGUAUCAAAAGCUGAUGAAGCUCAUGGUCACUGCAAAAUUUUUUUCGUUGAAACGUAUGAUGUUAAUGCACCAUACUUUAUUGAAAAUCUUUUAGCCAGAGAUGAGGGUAAGUUGAAGUAUCGUCACUCUAUUAUUGAAGAUUCAUUUGGAAUGGUUUCCUCGAGUGCUGUCUCUUCAAGACUAAACACCUGCAAAUCUCAAACCCCUUUCUCUCUUAACGAUAAUCAACAGUCCCAAUGUUUGGGUAGGAAAUGGUCCUUACCAGAAACAGUGCCCAGUGAAUCUACUGAUGAUGAUAACAAUGGAAAUGGUGCCUGUGAUCUUAUUGUUGGACUUGGUUUGUCACUGCUAAAAAACCUCUGGGAAUUUACUUCUUUUUGUUGUGAUUGUUGUGAUUGAAGCUAGAACAAAAAAAGAAAUUUUAGAAUCCACCUCCAAUGAACAGAAUAAACUUUCCCACAAAUAAACAGGUUUCAUAAUAAUCAUAAGAUUCGUAAACAAA